AUGAGUCUUCAGAAGUAUAUAAGUGAGCUGAAAGAGAAAGGGAACAGUGAUAAACUGCGCAGUACUCUAUUAGAGCUAGGAGGAUUUGCCACAUGCGAGCUAAACAAUGAAGAAAUUCUUAAUGAGCUUUUAGAGCUAAGCCAGUCAAGCGACUUGCUAAUUUCCUUGAAGGCACUUCAGCUUCUCACCCGGGUGUACCGAUACAGAAAUAAAGGAAGUGAAAAAUACUACAAAAUAGCAGCGGAUAUCAUCAAAGAGGAGCCAGACAGCAAGAAGACAGAGCAGAUUCUGAUAUUUCUGCAACGGUUAAGUACCUUGGACUACCAAGCAAAACGCAUCCCAAUAAACCUCUUUGAUGAAGACCCAAUAAAAGAGGAAAUUGCAAAUAAUACUGGACUAAUAACUGCCAUACUAACAGUCUGCACUAAGCGCACGUGUAAGUACCAGGGCCUUAUACUCCUGUGGAUGCUCACUUUCUCCAGCAGUGCACUGACUAUUCUCAGUCAAACCCCAAUGUUUUACAUGCUUUCUUUUAUCUCAAAGGACAGCAAAGAGAAAGAACUUCGGGUGGCUUUGGGGAUUAUUAAAAACUAUCUGAAGUACACGCAGAAGUACAACUACGAAACAUUCCAAAAAAUAGAGUCACUUCUUUCUGUGCUCUCAAAUAAAGGGAACAAAGAUGACCCGGAGGAACAGAAUGACUUGAAGUUCUGCAGGGAGAGAUACAUAAAACUCUCACAAAAUAUCUCUACCUUUGACUCGUACUUGGAGGAAUUGCAGAGUGGCAGCCUUCAAGCACACCCAUAUCACUUUAACACAGAAUUCUGGAAGACAAAUUUAGAUACUCUUGUGCUUAAGAGGGUAGACAUAAUUAAGUCUCUGAAACGGUUCUUAAAGUCAGAGAAUCACAAUAAUAUCUGGAUUGCAGCAAAUGACAUAUAUAGAAUAAUUGAAGUGUAUCCGGAGUCUAUAGGGUUGAUUAGGCAGAUGGGUGUUCACCUGGUGCUCUUUGAAAUACUUGCUGCAAAGACCAGUGAGGAUGUUCGAUUUCACGCUAUGGAGGCACUUAGUGUGUGCUACAACAAAGAGUAA